GAGUAGAGCUCCGCCAGCUCCCGCGCCCCGACGUGCUGGGCUCCCCAGCGCCGGCUGCUGCUCUCGGACUCCUCCUGCGCGUAGACAGCCUCGGCCUCCAGCUCCGUGCCGGCCCCGGUCGCCUGCAGCCGGGCGCACUCGGCCCCGCCGCUCGCCAUGGCCCGGCCUCUCCGCGCCGCCGCCGCCGCCGCCGGAUCUGAGCCAGCCCCGGUGGGCAGCGCAGCUGGGAAGCCGGACCCAGCACCAGAGACUGAGGCAGGAGUUGCAGGCCCCCCACGUCACCUUUGGCAGCUUGAUCCUGUGGCUGGGGGGCCCCACUGCGGUGUCUCCUCCUCCCUGCACCCCCUUUGCUUUCAUGCAACGCUGGUGGCCUGGGACCCAGCAUGCCUCCCCAUCCAGCCGCCCGCCUUUAUCAUGGAAGUGGCUAAUUUUUAUUACGAGACGGACUAUCUGGCUGCUCUGAGCAAGCCAAAGCCGCGGGCGGCAGGGGGCCGCUCCAUGACCGAGCUCACCGUCGGGGACCACGAGAGAGCCAUCGACAUCAGCUCUUACCUGGACCCCUUAGCAUCCCAGCAGCCGCCUCCUGCAGCGGCAGCAGCGGCAGCAGGGGGCAACUUUGAGCCUCCCUGCAACAGCAGCCAAGAUUUCCUCUCCGACCUCUUCGCCGAGGACUAUAAAGGCGGCAGCAAGAAGCCCGACUACACCUACAUCAGCCUGCCCCGGCACUGCCACCCGGGCGCCGGCCAGGGCCACAAGCCGGGGGGGCUGCUGACCUGCUUCCCGCCCCAGAUCGUGGAGACCAAAGUGGAGCCGGUCUUCGAGUCCCUGGACUCUUGCAAAGGGCCCCGCAAGGAAGACGGGGGCGCGGGGCCGGGGGGCAUGUCCUCCCCCUACGGCAGCACCAUGCGCUCCUACCUCGGCUACCAAUCGGUGCCCAGCGGCAGCAGCGGCAACCUGUCCACCUCGUCCUCUUCCAGCCCCCCCGGCACCCCCAACCCGUCCGAUUCCUCCAAGUCCGGCGGCGGGGGCUACGCCGGGGCCCCCGGGGGCAAGAACAAGUCCAAGAAGAGCGUGGACAAGCACAGCGACGAGUACAAGAUCCGCCGGGAGAGGAACAACAUCGCGGUGCGCAAGAGCCGGGACAAAGCCAAACUGCGCAACCUGGAAACGCAGCACAAAGUCUUGGAACUGACCGCCGAGAACGAGCGGCUGCAAAAGAAAGUGGAGCAGCUCUCCCGGGAGCUGAGCACCCUCCGGAACUUAUUCAAACAGUUGCCCGAGCCCCUGCUGGCCACAUCUGGCCACUGCUAGCCCCAGCGUUGGACACUGCUACGGGCGCAGUGGUUGGGGUUGGGAGGGGAAGAAAGGGCUUGAAUUUGGGGAAGGAGGAUGGGGGGGGGGAUCUGGUGGCUGCUUUUCCCCUCCCCUGUGAGGACAGAUUGGAUCGGGGCGGGGGAAGAAAUGGGGAGAGACUCAAGGUUGGGUUUGGGGGGUUUUGUUUUGUUUGUUUUUGGUCGUCUUUUGUUUGCAAUUUGGUGGAAGAAACUUCCGCCGCAGCCUGUUUGUCCUAGGACCUUGUGGCGGAAUGACAGUUGCCGAUGGUAAUGUUGUUUUUUUAUGUUACAAUCCCACCGAGCCCCCUCCCCCCCCCUUUCCCCGAAGCGGUCUCUCUGCAGAGUUUGUUGAAUGUUCGUGUUAUUUAAACCAGAGCGAGAGAGGGAGAGAAAAAGCAGAGAGUGAUGCAAUCCUUUAAACAUGGCUGGGAAUGCUGUGUACACAUGAUGCAAUCUCGUGUAACUGUCAGUCAUGGAUUGAGUAAUCUGUUAAAGAUGUUCCUGCGGUUUUUUUUAUUAUAAAGAAUAAUCUAUUUCUAUAAGAAAAACACAUAUGUAUAUUUUGGGAUCUAUAAACGUUCUUGCUACAUUUGAAGCAUUAAUGAACAAUUUUAAUAAACUUUAUGGCUAGGAAAAAAA